CUUGACUGGGAUGUCCGACGUGGUGGGAGCGCCUUCUGCCACCGACGAUGUUUCGUCGGAACGAAUUGAGCUCGACAUGGAGUGCACAGAGGUGGCGCCAGUCGUGUCCCCACCAUCGAUUGCCUCGAUCUUUCCGACCAGUGCCGUGAUUCCGGAAGACACUGAAAAUCAUCUCGACCGCCGCACCGAAUUUAGGCGGGCGACCAUGCUACCGCCGCCCGCGAUCCCCCGAGUGUACAGCGAGCUGCGAUUCAAGGGGAUCCAAGAUCCGUACAACGACCAGCAGCAGAACCCCAUGGUGAGCACGCUCAACGCGGCGAGCCUGGACACGAUGUUGAGUGGCGGUCUGCGCAAAUUCUUUGAAAAGUACAAGAAACUCUCGACUUCGAUGAACUUGCAGCUCCAGACGCCGGAGAUUCGAUUCAAGGACUUGUCGUUCACGGCGCGCGUCGAGGUGAAGCGGUCCAACCAAGUGGACGCCACAGUCGGAGCCUACCUCAAGCGACUCCUCCUCCCGUGUGUCAAACGUCCCACCGCCGACAACUACGUGCUGCACCCCAUGACAGGCAUCAUUCCCCCCGGUAGCAUGACCUUGCUCCUGGCCAACCCCGGUGCCGGCAAGUCGACGUUCCUCAAAGCGCUCGCGGGCAAACUCCGCACGAAAUCCAACGUGACGACGCUGGACGGAGAAAUCUCGUACAGCGGUCUCUCGCCCAACAACAUUGACUUGUCCAAGUUGGUGAGUCUCGUGGACCAGCGCGACAACCACUGCGCGACGCUGACCGUGCGGGAGACUUUCAAGUUCGCCGACAUGUGCUUGAAUGGCCCUCCCAAGAAGAAGGAACGACCUGGAAAGCUCGUUGACGUGGCGAACUUGCGGUCCGAGUUGGUGCUGCAUGUCCUUGGAUUGAGCAAUUGCGCGGACACGGUCGUGGGCGACGCGCUGCUUCGAGGGGUCAGCGGCGGCGAGCGCAAGCGAGUGACUGUUGGGGAAAUGCUCGUGGGGGGGCAGAGCAUCUUUUUGUGCGACGAAAUUAGCACGGGACUGGACUCGGCCGCCACGUUCGACAUUGUAAAUUCCCUUCGAUCAUGGACCAAGACGCUGGGUGGCAGCUGCAUCGUGGCUCUCCUGCAGCCGCCGCCCGAGGUCGUCGAGCUCUUUGACGACAUCAUGAUGCUAAGCGCCGGCCACCUCGUGUACCACGGACCUCGCAAGUUCACGCUGCCGUACUUUCAAAGCCUGGGCUUUACAUGCCCCCCUCGCACGGACCCGUCCGACUUUUUGAUCGAAGUUGUAUCUGGCCGAGGGGCCAAGUUUUAUCCCGACGAUGCCCCAUCUCCAUGUCUGGUUAAGCCCGAGGAAUUUGGGCAUGCGUUCAAAUGCAGCGACAUCCACGCCACCGUCCAGGACCAGCUGUGCCAAGGCAGCACGAUCCACGACGUCGCCACGAUCAAGCGCAUCUCGUACAUCGCGCGGAAGACCCAAGUGUUUGGGAUGGGGUUUGUCGAAAGCACGCUGCUGCUGCUUCAGCGACAAAAGAUGCUGUUUGUACGAGACAAGCCGCUCUUGUACGGCAAGAUGACGGAGGCGCUCGUGGUCGGUCUCUUGCUCGGCGUCAUCUAUCUCAACUGCAAAAAGUCGCUCUACCUCCGCAUGUGCUUUUUCUCGAUUGCGAUCUUUCAGCGCCAGGCGUGGCAGCGCAUCACCAUUUCGUUUUCGCUCCGGAAUGUGUUUUACAAGCAGCGGUCGCGCAACUUUUUCCGCACCAUCUCGUACGUGAUUGCCGACUCGAUCGUCCAAAUCCCCAUGAAUCUGGCCGUGAGCACCGUCAUGGGCACGAUUUUCUACUUCAUGAGCGGGCUCACGCCCGAGACAAGCACGUUCUUUGUGUUCCUCGCGAUCCUGGUCGUGUUCCAGCACACGAUCGGCGCCUACUUUACCCUCCUGAGCUCGUUGAGCCCAAGCAUCACGGUGGCACAGGCGGCGGCCGGCAUCUCGGUGUCGUUUUUCCUGCUCUUCUCCGGCAACAUUAUCUUGUCCGACUUGAUCCCGUCCUACUGGCGAUGGAUGUACUGGGCCAACCCCAUCGCGUGGGCGCUGCGCAGCGUCAUGCUCAACGAGUUCACGUCGUCGUCGUAUACGGACCUCGACCGGUCCCGGAUCCUGAACCAAUUCCAAGUGCGCCAGGGCCCCGAGUUUGUCUGGAUUGGAAUUCUCGUCCUCCUCGGGUACUUCUUUGUCUUUACAGGCCUGAACACGGUCGCGCUGCACUACAUUCGGUUUGAAGUGCACAUGGGCGUGAAAAAUGUUCCGAUCGACGGCACCGAGACCGUCGCCGUCGCGGCGUCGCUGGCACCGCACGUCGAAGUGCAGGUCGGUCCGCCCACCAACAACACCACGGACGUCGUGUCGAACGAGCUCCAGUUCAUCCCGGCCUUCCUGACCGUCCAGAACUUGGACUACUUCGUAACACUGUCGACAGGCGAAGAGCGCCAGCUCCUUCAUCAAGUGACGGCGUUCUUCGAACCCGGCACCAUGACGGCGUUGAUGGGGUCCAGUGGCGCGGGCAAGACAACGUUCAUGGAUGUGAUAGCGGGCCGGAAAACGGGCGGGCGGAUCGUCGGAGACAUUCACAUUAACGGAGAGCUCAAGGACCCGACGAUCUUUAGUCGUAUCGCGGCGUACUGCGAGCAAAUGGACAUCCACUCGGAGCGGGCCACGAUCCGGGAAGCCCUCCUCUUCUCGACCUUCCUCCGCCUGCCCGAGUCGAUCUCGGACCAAGCCAAGCUCGGCCUUGUCGACGAAACUCUGCACCUCUUGGAGCUCCACACGAUCGCGCACGAGCUCAUUUUGCACUUGAGCGUGGAACAAAAGAAGCGCGUGACGAUCGGCGUCGAAGUCGUUGCAAACCCGAGCAUCUUGUUUUUGGACGAGCCAACGUCCGGGCUGGACGCGCGGUCGGCCCAGGUCGUGAUGCGCGGGGUGCAGUCGAUUGCGCGCACCGGUCGCACGGUCGUGUGCACGAUCCACCAGCCGAGCAUUCAAAUCUUCGAGCUCUUUGACUCGUUGCUGCUCCUGCAAAAGGGCGGCCGAGUCGCCUACUUUGGCGAGUUGGGCCACGAUAGCCAGCACAUGCUCGAGUACUUUCAGCACAUUCCCGGCACAGAAAAGAUCAAGCCACUGUACAACCCUGCCACGUACAUGCUCGAGGUGAUCGGGGCCGGCAUCGGGCGCAAGGACAUCAAGAACUACGCCGACGAGUACGCGAACAGCGCGCUGCGUGUGAAAAACAACAAGGAAGCGACGAGGCUGUCGGAGCCGUCGGACGCCAUGGUGCGGUUCUCAACGCUCGAAUUCGACCCCAUAGCCACGAGCAUGACCAACCAGCUCCGGUGGCUCGUGCUCAAGUCGUCGCGGACGUACUGGCGCAGUCCCGCCUACAACUUUGUUCGGAUCGUUUUGUUUCCCAUCUUUGCGCUCAUCUUUGGCAGCACGUUCUUCCAGCUCGAGAUCACGUCCGUGUCCAAAGUGAACUCGCACGUGGCGCUGAUCUACAACAGCAUGGACUUUAUCGGGGUGAUCAAUAUGAUGACUGUCCUCGACAUCACGUGCUCGGAGCGCGCCGUGUACUACCGCGAGCGCAUGUCCAACUACUACAGCGUGUUCCCGUUCAGCGUGUCGCUGUUUGUGGCCGAGUUUCCGUACCUAGUCCUCAUCAGCGGGUUCUUCAUCACGGUCGAGUACUGGAUGGUCGGGUGGUACGACGACGCGGGCCGAUUCUUCUUCUUUUGGUUCACGUUUUUCCUGUACAUUUCGCUGUGCACGUUCCUCGGCCAGUGGAUGUCUGUGCUUCUGCCCAACUCGAAAGUCGCCAACGUUGCGGUCGGCGCCAUCUCGUGCCUCCUCAAUCUCUUUAGUGGGUUCCUUCUGCCCUUCAUCGACAUGAAAUGGGGGUACCGAUGGGUUACGUGGAUCAUGCCGUCCAGCUACGCGCUGAACGUGCUCAUCGGGUGCGAACUCGCCGACUGCCCUGCGUCCGGAAAGGGCGAAGGGUGUCAAGCCAUCACCCUCCCAACUGGCAACACGACGACCAUUCACGACUACAUCUUGACCAACUUUGGGUUUGAUGCGAGCCAGCAGUACACGAGCCUGGGCGUCCUCGUCUUGGAAUGGUGCUGCAUUCAAGUCGCGAUCUUCCUUACGCUCAAGUUUGUGUGUCACUUGAAGCGGUAGCGUGCAUGUUUCUAUCCAUAACCUCAAUGAAUGCUCAAAGUCCGUC